CGUCCUCACCGCCAUCAUGCCCAAGCAGAUCAACGAGAUCAAGGACUUCCUCCUCACCGCGCGCCGCAAGGACGCCAAGAUGGUCAAGAUCAUGAAGACCAAGGACUACGUCAAGUUCAAGGUCCGCUGCAGCCGCUACCUGUACACCCUCGUGGUCAAGGAGGCCGACAAGGCUGAGAAGCUCAAGCAGUCUCUGCCCCCGGGUCUCGUUGUGAAGGACCUCUAAGCGCGGUCAGUACUUGGUGAAGUGGUGUGAGCGGUGGUGCCGGCCUGAUAAAGGCUGCAUACCGAUAUUACAGCUUGAUCCGAGUGCAUUGUUAUGAUGCCCGAAUCAGGUGUUUGGAAUCACAUUACUUCAAUUGACCGGCUUGAACCUACUUAUAUU